CUUCAUUUUCACCUUGCAAUGGCUAUCAGUCUACCUCAUUCAGAACCUCUCAAAGUAGUGCAACUUGAUGGUUUGGUUGUUUUGAAAAUCAUCAAACACUGUCGUGAAUCCUAUCCUAGUGAUGUUACCGGUCAAUUACUUGGUUUGGAUGAAAAGGGUACUUUAGAAGUUACAAACUGUUUCCCUUUUCCUGCUGAUGAUGACGAAUCUGCCAGUGCUCAAUAUCAAUUGGAAAUGAUGAAAUGUCUUCGUGCAGUUAAUGUGGAUAAUAAUACAGUAGGAUGGUAUCGAUCCGCUCACCUUGGCAACUUUGUAGAUUUGAAUUUGAUCGAAACUCAGUACAGUUAUCAAAGCUCUUUGACUGAACAAUCAGUUGUCUUGAUUCACGACGUGUCCAAAAGCACAGCACAAAGUAAUUUGAGCUUACGAGCAUUCAGAUUACAAAAGGAUUUUAUGAAGGCAUAUGAAGCUAAAAAAUUCACAACUGAAAGUCUUGCCGAAGCCAAAUUGUCUUUCUCCAACAUCUUUGAAGAAUUGCCUGUACAAGUUCACAACUCACAUCUAGUUACUUUGAUGCUUCACAACAUUGAAAUGCCUAAAUUGGAAGUGGAACGACUGGAAUCAUUAUCAACCUUUGGUUCUCAAAAGGCAACUCAAACGGAAAUUGAAGAAUCUCGACCUCUUGCACCCAAUUUUGAUGUAUUGGAUUUGGAAUUAGAUCCCUUUAUGCAAAAGAACUUACAAUACCUCUUGGAUUGCUCGGAUGCUCAACAACAAGAACAAAACAACUAUCAAUAUUGGCAACGAAGUGUGGCUCGUGAACAAGCCAAGAUGCAAGCAUGGCUUACCAGAAGAAAACAAGAAAAUGCAUUACGUGUGGCACAAGGACAAAAACCAUUACCUGAAGAUGAAGUCAACACUCUGUUUAAGCUUCCUACGGAACCAAGUCGUUUAGAUUCCAUGAUUCUUAGUGCUCAAAUGCACAACUUUACCAAGCAACUCAAUCAAUUUGCUGGCCCUAGUCUUGCCAGAUUAUAUAGUAUUCAAGAAUUACAAAAAUAGAUUAGUUAGGUCAAUCUUUAUAUUAUCAUUUGUUACUACAAUUCUUUUUUUUUUUUUAUAUAUAUACAUAUAUUUGACUUACUUUCCCACUUUUUACUCCCUUUUGUCUUAUCAUCAUCGUUUGUUAGUUUUGUAUUCAUUUCCAAAAAAAAAAAAAAUAAAAA